GGAGAAGGCCCGGCAGCGUUUCAAGGGAGUAUAAUUGCAUUUGAUUAGUGCAGAGAGCUUGGCAGAGCGGAUCUUCUGAGACUUCACCCUGGCGCUGAUCUUUCAGAGUCAGAGAUCAGGGACACGAGGGAACAUCAGAGGCCCGACUCUGCAAAUCUUCACACAGUUCUACAAUGAGCACGAUCGUGGUUUGCCGUGAGACACGCAGGAGCUGGUGGGGCGAUCUCCAGUGAGCUUGGCUCCUGUCCACUGGCAAAGAGUUUGUCGGCAGACCAACGACCUUGGUCACCCGGGAAGAUGAGAAGACGUAUGGCCUGGUACCUGUUGGUCCUGUUGGCGGCCGCGACAACGGGCUACCCCUCUCGACGAUCCGCCGUGGACUUGGACGCGACCCCAAGGACGACGAUCACCUAUAAGGAGUUGUCCGACGUCCGGCGCUUCAGCAGCCACGCCCUGAACUACACCACCCUGCUGCUGGAGGACGAGAAGGGGAUCCUCUAUGUGGGAGCGCGAGGGGCCAUAUUCGCCUUAAACUCCAGCAACAUUGCCGACGGUUCCCAGAGGGAGAUCCGGUGGGAGGCGUCUCUGGAGAAGCAGAACGACUGCCUCCAGAAGGGCAAGAACAACAAGACCGAGUGCUUCAACCACGUCCGGCUCGUGCAGAGGCUGAACGACACCCACCUGUACGCCUGCGGCACCUACGCCUUCCACCCGCUGUGCGCGGCCAUCGAUGCUGACAGGUUCGCGUUGCCGCCCCACUUGGAGGAGGGCAAGGAGAAGUGCCCGUACGACCCCGCCCGCGGCUACACCGGCCUCAUCGUAGACGGCGGGUUGUACACGGCCACGCGGUACGAGUUCCGCAGCCUGCCAGACAUCAGGCGCAACCUGCACCAGCGGCCCCUGAAGACGGAAGAGUCCCCUGUGCACUGGCUAAACGAUGCGGAGUUCGUGGCCUCUGUGCUGGUCCGGGAAAGCGUGCACAGCCCCGUGGGGGACGACGACAAGCUCUACUACUUCUUCAUGGAGCGGGCGGCCGAGGAGAGCGCCUCCUUUGACAAGAGCCAUGUGGCCAGGGUGGCCAGGGUGGCGCGGGUGUGCAAGAGCGACCUGGGUGGGAAGAAGAUCCUGCAGCGGAAAUGGACGUCAUUCAUGAAGGCCCGGCUGGUCUGCUAUAUCCCCUACUACGAAGUGCUCAAGGGCGUGCACAGCGUGGACGGGGGCAGCUGGCCCAGCACCGUCUUCUACGCCACGUUCACCUUGUCGGCUCAGUGGAGGAGCAUGGAGGCAUCCGCCGUCUGCCAGUACAACAUCUCUGAGCUGCAGAGGGCUUUCGAGGGCCCCUACAUGCAAUACCAGGACAACACCCGCAAAUGGACCCUCUACGACGGGGAGGUGCCGGCCCCGCGGCCGGGCUCUUGCAUCACCAACCGCUCCCGUGAGGACGGCUACCGCUCCUCCCAGGACCUGCCCAACGGCGUGCUGGAUUUCGUCAAGCUGCACCCGCUGAUGUUCGAGGAGGUGAAGCCGGCGUGGGGGGAGCCCCUGCUGGUGAAGAAGAACGUGCUCUACACGGCCCUGGUGGUGGACAGGGCGCCGGCCCUGGACGGCCAGCAGUACGACGUGCUCUUCAUGGGGACGGGUGACGGCUGGCUGCACAAGGGGGUGGUGAUCGGCUCCGCCGUACACAUCGUGGAGGAGCUGCAGGUCUUCGGGGCCCCCCAGCCCGUGGAAAGCCUGGUGAUCUCCAAAGGCCAGAGAAGCGUGUACGUGGGGGCUGCCAGCGGAGUCCUGCAGCUCCCCCUGUGCAGCUGCGCCAGGUACGGCUCCUGCUACGACUGCAUCCUGGCCCGGGACCCCUACUGCGCCUGGGACGGCGAGGGCUGCAGGGAGGUGGCCGGCGCUGCGGACAGGACCCAGCUGACCCAGGACAUGCAGCACGGCAGGGAGGGCUGCUGGAACGGCUCCGCCCAGGCGCCCCCCGUGCAGAAGAACCGGACGGUGCUGCGGGGCGACGACGUGCUGCUGCCGUGCGAGCAGCGCUCCAACCUGGCGCGGGCCGCGUGGCUGGUGAACGGCACGGCCGGGCUGGCGGCCGGGCGGGGCCACUUCCGGGUGGGGGUGGACGGGCUGCUGGUGACGGACACCCUGCCGGAGCACAGCGGCGACUACGGCUGCUACGGGGAGGAGAACGGCCUGCGCUCCCCGCUGGCCGCCUACGCCCUGACGGUGCUGCCGGAGCCGCCCAAGGAGCAGCCGGCGCCCAGGGCCCUGCCGCCCCCCCACACCGACCGCCUGGCCUCCCCCGACAUGAAGUUCGUCUACAUCGCGGUGAUCACGGUGCUGGGCGGGCUCUGCCUGGUGCUGAGUGCCGUGCUGCUUCACGUCUCCUGCCUGCAGCGCCGCAAGGGCAGGUACGUGCUGGGCGAGCCCCGCGCCUCCUCCGUGGAGCUGCAGACGGUCUCGGCCAACUGCCUGGGCAGGGGCCGGGAGGAGGAGGAGCUGAGCCGGGAGGACGGCUGCCUGCAGAUCAUCCCGGGUGAGGCCCCCACGGCGGCGUCCCCGGCCAGGGAGAUGCCCCUGGCGCCCCCGCCCCCGCCCCCGCCGCUCCCGGCCGAGUUCACCAACGGCAUCGCCGCCCUGCCCAACGUGGUGCGCAAGAUGAACGGCAACAGCUACAUGCUGCUGCGGCAGGAGGAGCCCAGCCCCUCGCCCCUCUACAACACCUCCUUCGCCGAGGAGCUGAGUAAGCUCCUGGAGAAGCGCAAACACACGCAGCUGGUGGACAAGCUGGACGAGAGCUCCGUGUAGGGGCCCCCGGACGCCGGUCGGAUUCAAUCCCCCGCCCCCAUCCCCCCCCCACCAACCAGUGUUACACAACCCCCCGGGAAACUACCUCUGGAACCGAACCGCUGGGCCGGGCCUCGGAGCGCCGGGAUCCCGCCUGCCGGGGCCCGGAGCCCGUUGUAAAGAGACACUGAUUGAAAUGGGAAAUCUAUUUCUGUAUAAAAGAUGACAAUCCGGAAAGAGGAGCCAGCAAUACGGCUGUGUCAGGGUGGGGCGGGAGGAGACGCCUGCCCGGACGCUGGCCUCGAACCACGGCCUCGGACCGCUCCGGCGAGGCCUCUCCUAGGCCCUGGGAGCGACAGCCGGGCCGGGGAGAGGCGGGAGCUGGCCCCUGCGUGCUGAGAAGAGACACGGCCCCUGGGACCCACCGGACCGAGAGACAGAGACGGGGAACCUGGCAUGGGAGAGAACUGGGAGGCAGCGGGGUGAGGAGCGGGCAGUGGCUCAGCGCGGGACGGCAUCUCAGCUCCAGCGCUGGGCACGCAGCCCCAGCAGGAGCCCGUUAGUCUGUGCAGAAUGACGACACCGUGGCCGUGAAGGGGCUGGCUCCGACACAGGGCCCUGAGCUGCAGCGCCGGGGGACGCCGGCUUUCAACGCAGCCUGACCUGGUGGGGAGAGAGCUGUGCCUGACCCUCCAUCAGCUGGAGAAGCGGCCCUGAGCUAUCCUAGCGAUGCCAGGCUGCAGCCAGGGGGUGGGCAGACAGUCACAGCGGAGUGAGUGCGUAUGGGGGUCACUGUAGCGUGGGUGUGGAGCGGUAUGCGUGGGGGUCACUGCAGCGUGGGUGUGGGUGUGUGCCAGGGUUCACACCCAGCCACAGCUGCACGGGAUCUCCCCAUUACCCGGCUCCUGCCCAGAUGCCCUGAGCUGCAUCCGACCCCGGGCGAUCUCGGUGUGUCCUGCCCCCCAGCUGCCACUCCCUAGUGCUGGCGCCCAACCUGCGAGACCAACCACUGCUGGUGGCAGCUGUUGACACAGGCAGACCCCGGCUCUCUGCUCGUGGCCUGGCUUCUGCCUUGGCCUGCCCCACGGGCACAUACCCUGCUGUAUUGGAACAAGUUGAGUUCACAAUGGGGGAGCCACCUGGUCUGGAGUACAGCUUAAAGCACUCCCUGUCCCCAGCCUGUGCUAGACCAACCUGGAGCCCCGAGCUUGGCCCGCUCUGGCCUGGGGAUGUCCGGCUCUUCGCCAUGGGUCUGCCCUGCGCCCCGUGGCACUGUAGCCUGCCUGCCCUGUGGCUGAAGAGAACGUGUUGUCACGGAUGCACCCACCACAGCCCCUCGGUUUUCACCCCUUCCCUAUGGCAGUGCCCUCCCUUUGCCAGGCCCCACCAGCCGUUGGGGACCAAGACCCCAGGAUCCAGGCUCAGCAACAGAGGACGGGGCGGGUGAGGGUGCAGGGUGAUGUGGCACUCAAGCAAACAGCCUCCUUCGUCCUCACAGCCGGGGGGGGGCCCAUCCUGUGCUCUGUCCCAGUGCAGGACUCAGGUUACACUGGUGUAACUGGGAGCUGGCGUUGGUCCCGGAUUCCAGCUCCUCUUGGCUUCCGUUGUCUGUCUCCUGGGUCUUUCCCGCCCCAGCGCCACCUUCCUGCCCAUCCCGCCCCAACGCCCCCUGCCUAUGCAAGGCCAGAACGAAGCUGGGCAGGGGAGGGCAUUGUGACAGGCCCUGCUGUGUGUGUGUGUGUGUCUGCAUGUGUGUGUGCGCGCGUGCACUCAGCUCCAUGGGCUAGAUUGGCAGACACACGCCGUGCGACCGUGCCCGCUCACUAGCACGCCUGAGUGCAGCUCCGGGGGGUUCCCCUUCAGCUCCAGCAGCAGGGGCUAUGUUUUAGGGGCACGAGCUGCGGAGUUCUGGCCCCCGCCGUGCACACAGCCUGGGUUUAUUCCAAACACUGACCCCGGGAGCGUGCGGGUGUGCGACCCGCGCCAGAGACCGGUCCUCUGCUCAGCUUGUUCUUACGGCGCCUGGGACUGCGCUCGGCUGUCCCGAGAGAGGCCAGCUCCCAGCUGAGCUCCACAGCCUCUUCCAUCCGUCCCCGCUCGGCCGCGGCUUCAUCCCUGCAGAGCUGCUGCCCGGUGUAAAAUGACUGUGGUUCAGUAACAAGAGCACUCGGUGCCCGGGCCUCCAGCGCGGCUUGGGAACGGCCGGCGACGACCGUCGCUUCAAACACAGGGACAGUCGGCUCCGGAAUGGCCACAGGCAGAUGUCCCCGAGAGUCCUGGCGAGAGAGAGAGAGACUGCAUCGCUAAGGCAACGCGCACACACCUGGCUCCAGUGGUACCUGGCCAGCCCGCUAGGCAGUGCGAGUUAUUGCAUCUUCUCCUAAACAUCACCGCCACUGAGAGAGAGACCAGGCCUGUCCCGCUGUCCGCCCUGCCCAGCCAGCGUGGUCUGCCAGUGCGGCUGGAAGGGGCCCAAGCCCUGGGGCUAGCGCUGAGUCCCUCGGGACAACGUUCCCACAGCCUGGCAGAGCCCCGGCCUGCUCUCCUCCUCGGGAGGCUUUUGUAGGCUCUCACGCCAUGGGAGUUUGGCACCAGCUCUCCCUGGCUAAUUGACUUUGGCCUUCGCUCCAUUACCAGGCUGCCCUGGUAUUCGGGGCGGGGGCAGGUGGGGAGAACCACCCAUGAAGCCGCCUCGAAACCCUGCUGUGGCUGGGAGCAGGCGGCUCCCGAACAAGCAUUUCCCCCACCCCACCCCCACCCCACCUCCACCCAUCACCUUGUAACGAGAGCAGUGGGGGCCUAUGCAGGCAGAUCUGCUGGGCAAACACCCCUGCGGCUCCACUGCUCCCAGCUGUGGGCGAGCUCUCAGGGUGGGUGGAUCUUCCUCUCCCCACCACUCAGCCUGAGACGCUCUGGCAGAGCAAACAAGCUGGCUCUUAGGCUGUGGGCCAGCCCCUAGAGGGGGAUGGGAGCUGUGGAUGCCCCGUGCAUCCUCCCGUAAUCCUCCUUUGCAGCAUCAGGGGCAGCAUCAAGCAGCAUCCGCCCCCUUGCCCCCAGCCUCUCCCACUGCAUGGCACGGGCACCCCAGAGCACAAGGCCCGCAGCCCUGGGGUCGGAGAGCUGGCGUCAGGCCAUGGUAUCUCACAUGCUGCCUUUGCGGCUUGGAGGUUACUGACAGAGGUGGUUCCUCUGCCUCACCAGGGCAGGACAGGCCCCCUCCAGCACCUGUGCCAGGCCUGUGAGGGGCUGCCAGGCUGCCCACUCCAGUGGUCUCUGAGCACCCACCUGCUCUAGCUUCAAAUGGCCCAGGCGAUGGGGUUCCCACAGCCACAUCACCCUCCUGGGCUGAGCCCUCCCGCCUGCCUCGCCAUACAGUCGCAGGGGAAAGUUGCGCUCUCCAAGGGGUCCCUCGCUGGCACCCCCAGACCCUGCCCAGCUGAUGUGGAUUGCUGUGAGCUGCAGCUGACCCUGGUGCUGGCUGGCCCCAGGGGAUGUGCUGCCCAGAUGAGUGGAGGAAGGGCUGGGUGGCACCUCACCUGGGGCAAUAAUGUCGCAGAGUCUGCGUGGCUCAGGCUGUCCCCUGCUGGCCUGCCAUGCUGCCGAGCCAUUCUAGACCUGGCUAUGCCCGGCCCAGUGCGUGGGAAUUGGGGGGUGGGGAGGCGGCGGCAUGUACAGAACAUCCCUUGUGUGGAAAAUAUUUCAGUGGGAGGGUGUCUGGGCCAGUGAUAGCAACAGCAGAUUGUGCUCUCUGUUCCCAGCUCUGGAAGGGGACUGGAAGUCAGGACGCCUAGGUCUGUUCCCAGCUCUGCCACUGACUCACUGGCUAACCUUGGGCAAGUCACCGCCCUGCUCCGUGCCUCAGUUUCCCCUACAUAAAGCAAGCGUAAUUUCUCCCUCCCUGCUAUUGGGAGGUGCGGGGGGGGGACGCUCUGGCAUUGGGACAGCGUGGUAGAAAUGCAGAGCGAGCCGGCUGAUGAUCCGACAGCAGUGGCCCCAGGCACUGCUGUAGCCAUCUGAGGCUGUUGCUGCGGGGUUGGUAAGGCUGCUGCUGGGCUCUGCACCCCAGCAUUGUGGGGCCUCGCCCAUUCCCCAGCCGUGCCAGGGAAAGCCCCCGGUCAGCAUGGUUCAGGGAGCGCAGCGCAGACCCAGGGCGGUGUGUGUGCGCCAAGGGGUGGUCUGUGGGGACUUAUGUCCUUUGGCCCUGCUCCUGCGCAGAUCAUUGGCCAGCCUCGGUGCCUGGUUCCUGGGAUGGGAAGGGGAGGGAGGAAUCGGCGUGGCCGGGGCUGAAUCUGUGGCUGAUCCCCUGGGAAGGGGCAGGACUGGAGCCCUGCAAAACGGAAGCACCUCGUCUCCAAGACAGCUUGAUCUAAACCCUAUGUACCAACCCGGCUGCCCAGCGGCCUGGCUCGUCCUCAAUGACAUUCCACCACGGACAGUCAUAGCAGCAGCGUACAGCACCGUGCGCCUGGUUGCGUCUGCCCCUUGCUGCUCAAUAAACCUGGAUCUGUCUGAAUGA